AUGGGUAUUCUCUCAAUGUUCGGGCCCACGCGGCCACAAACAGUGCCGACAGACCAGAUCGUUCCAUUGCGACAGUGGGAUGACUUGCACUACCUACGCAGCCUUUGCCAUGACUUCACCUUCCGAUUCGACGAUGUGUUGGAUGCGGCAAAACUGGAGGCAGCCUUGGAGCGACUGAUGGAAAUUGGGGACUGGGGUCAAUUAGGGGCUCGCCUACGACAGAAUGAGAAUGGCAAGCUCGAAUAUCAUAUUCCAGCAGAGUAUGAUCCGAAAACCCGGCCGGCCUUCAUCUUCACCACUGCCGAGUAUGGAAUGAGCAUCAACGAGCACCCAUUGGGUUCUCAGCUCCCAAAAAGUGGACAGGAUCAGUCUUUCCUCUCACCAACUUCUUCUGUGUUCAGGCCGUUAGUCUGUCAUCAAGACAGUCCUAGGGAACUAGCCGAUUGGAUAUAUACAGACCGUCCGCAGCUCCAUGUCCAUGUUACCCUUUUCCAGGAUACAACCCUCUUGACCGUCAGCUAUAUCCACACUUUAUUUGACGCUGUGUCGCGGACAAACUUUUUCAAAGCUUGGAUUGCUGUCCUGAACGGUCGGGAAACAGAGGUGCCACCCUUUCUCCCCUUUGACCAAGAUCCCCUAUGCACCCUGGGUAAAGGUGUCUCGCGACAGAAUUAUACCAACUUCCACCGGCUCCUUAGCGGACUCAGUCUUGUACUCUUUGGACUUCGGUAUCUCUGGGAGCUUUUCUGGUUCCGUGCCGAGGAGGAGCACUCUAUUCGCUUACCGGGACACUGCGUAAACCAAAUGAGAGAAACCGCACGUCGCCAACUUACCGCCACGACUGCGGAAGGUGUAGAACCACCAUUCUUGAGUGAGCCGGAUAUUGUGUCUGCCUGGUGGGUGAAGACACUUGUUACCGCACUCAAUCCCUCACGGGACCGAGCCAUUAUGGUGAUGAGUCCGUUCAAUGUGUGGAGUGUGUUUAGCGAGCAAUUCCCCAGUGGCGGCAAGGGGUUCAUCGGCAAUGCCUUUUUCAAUUCCUACAACGUACUCGAUGUAGACGAGGUUCUUGAGGAUGAUAAUCUGGCAUAUCUGGCGUCUAAGAAUCGUCAGGCGCUCGUGGAACACCGGACCCAGGAGCAGGUCCAUGCCAUGACCUCCAUCCAACGAAACUCAAUCAUGAGUAUACCACCACUGGUUGGAAAAUCCAAUCUGCUCUUUAUGACGCAUACAAAUCAGCACAAAGCUAGAUACUUUGAGACAGACUUUUCUGCUGCAGUUGUUGCUACAGGUGUGCCCCUGAGUGGAAGACCCCAUGCCUUGGGUCGGCCGUCUUACAUUAACGACAUUGAACAUUGCCGUUUGUACCCGACUCGUAAUGUCUGCCGGGUAAUUGGUAAAGACGCUGCGGGCGAUUGGUGGCUUUUGUUCAAAACUCGAGCUGACGCGUGGCCUGCGAUCCACCAGCAAUUGAAGGCCUUGCUUGAGAUUGAUGAUCUGCUGGCAGAUGGCGCAGAUUACCCGCCUGUAAUCUCAUACCAAGAGAGAUCGUAUUCCAAGGCCAAUUCUGGGAUGAUGGGGGCAUUGAUGGACUUCUAUACAUUUUUGAAGCUCCUCGUUUGA